CCUGUGGGCGAUCUCCUCCGGCCGCGGCCCCCCGCCCGAGGAGGAAGAUGCAGACCUUUCUGAAAGGGAAGCGGGUUGGCUACUGGCUGAGCGAGAAGAAAAUCAAGAAGCUGAAUUUCCAGGCCUUUGCCGAGCUGUGCAGGAAACGAGGGGUGGAGGUCGUGCAGCUGAACCUCAGCCGGCCAAUUGAGGAGCAGGGCCCCCUGGACGUCAUCAUCCACAAGCUGACGGAUGUCAUCCUCGAAGCUGACCAGAAUGACAGCCAGUCCCUGGAGCUGGUGCACCGAUUCCAGGAAUACAUCGACGCCCACCCUGAGACUAUUGUCCUGGACCCCCUACCUGCCAUUAGGACCCUGCUUGACCGAUCCAAGUCCUAUGAGCUGAUCCGGAAAAUCGAGGCCUACAUGGAGGAUGACCGCAUCUGCUCCCCACCCUUCAUGGAGCUCACGAGCCUGUGCGGGGACGACACCAUGCAGCUCCUGGAGAAGAAUGGCCUGACCUUCCCGUUCAUCUGCAAAACCAGAGUGGCUCAUGGCACCAGCUCUCAUGAGAUGGCCAUCGUGUUCAACCAGGAGGGCCUGAGUGCCAUCCAGCCACCCUGCGUGGUCCAGAAUUUCAUCAACCACAACGCCGUCCUGUACAAGGUGUUUGUGGUCGGCGAGUCCUACACCGUGGUGCAGAGACCCUCCCUCAAGAACUUCUCUGCGGGCACAUCAGAUCGAGAAUCCAUCUUCUUCAAUAGUCACAACGUGUCCAAGCCCGAGUCCUCGUCCGUGCUGACUGCGCUGGACAAGAUCGAGGGCGUGUUCGAGCGGCCAUGUGAUGAGGUCAUCCGGGCGCUGUCCCAGGCCCUGCGGCAGGCGCUGGGUGUGUCCCUCUUCGGGAUCGACAUCAUCAUCAACAACCAGACCGGGCAGCAUGCCGUCAUCGACAUCAACGCCUUCCCAGGCUACGAGGGCGUGAGCGAGUUCUUCACAGACCUCCUGAACCACAUCGCCACUGUCCUGCAGGGCCAGAGCACAGGCACGGGGGAUGCUGGGGACUCGGCCCCACGGAGGCACAGCAGGCUCCUGGCAGAGCAGGCUGGCGAGCGGACGUGCAGCGCCAGCCCCGGCUGCUGCAGCCUGAGGGGCCAGGACCCUGCCUGGAGGGCAGAGGCCGACGCGGGCAGCUCAGCCAAGCUGCCGCACCAGAGACUCGGCUGCACCGCUGCUGUGUCACCCAGCUUCCAGCAGCACUGCGUGGCCUCCCUGGCCACCAAGGCCUCCUCCCAGUAGCCGGCCGCACACGCAGCCAGGACCGUGACAACGCACUCCCCUGGUCCGAUUCCUCCUCCCAGUGUCCCCGAGUUUCCAACGUCCUGACCUAAGAGGGCAGGGGGAGGUGAGAGGCCCCCAGCCCCGCCCUGCCCUCCUCUACUGAGUUUACAUGCUGUGUUUUCAACACUAGGCCUGACUGUGAGCUGCAGGGGCAUGCCCAGCACAGGUGUGCGGGUGUGUUUCCCAGUGUGCAUGCAUGUAUGUUUGCACCAUGUCUGGUGGCUGCUGGGGACCAGGCCUCAGGAUCCUAAGGGGACACCCUUGGUCAGGUGCCAGCUGCAGCCCAGGGAGUGAGCGAAUCCCCUUCUCUCCGAGCCCCCCAACCUCAGACCUUACACCCUCCUCCACAGCUUUGUCAGACGUGAGACCCUAGGCCCCACCACUGGGGUGACCCUGACACAUGCACACACACCACCGCCCAUCCCCCCCAGGAGCAGGAGCCUCAGGCCCACAGCUGCCACCCCCUGGCAGGCAGAGGUACCUGGCCCGGGGUCCACUUCUCCAUUGCCCAGGCCCCUAUGAAAGGGAUGGACAGGUCAGGAGGAGGCCGAGGCCUCAGUUGGCUGCCGGGCCUCCUGGCAGCUCCAUGGAGUCCACCAGCCACGUGGCCAAGGGUCCUGGCCACAGCCUUCCCUGAGGUGCCUGAGUCCAGCCACUCUGCACGUGUCCCACUGAGAGCCUGCAGUAUGACUUUGGCUGGGCCACUGUCUCCUGUCUUUCAAGGGCAGGGGCAGCCAGGGGACACUGAGGGGCCAGCAGACCGCUCUUGAGACGCACGACUGUUGCUCUGAGAGUCAGCCGGGAAGCGGGCAGGCGUGGGAAGUCAGUCCUUCUCUGCGGGAGGCACUGUCCACAUGUCCAGCCCCUGCCUGCCCCCUGUACGCAUGGCUAGCAGGAGCUGCAACCCCAGAGAUGGUCUUAGGUCCUGGAGCCUCAGGCAGGGCUGUGAUAAGAUGCCCCGGAUGUGAGGUGAAGCUGCCAGCUCGCUGGAGAGGGGACAGCGGCUUUGCCUGUGCUGUGUGUGGUCGGGAUGGUCCAAGAGGCUGGAGUGGAGCCUUCAGGACCGUCUGCUCCCGUGAUGAACCAACGGGCCCAUGUCGCCCCUCACCCAGCGUGGCGCGGUGUCCUCAUGCACUGCUUUGUCUCUGAAUAAACUACUGAGAUCAAC